CCACAAUUGAAACUUGUUUACGCUAGUCCCGUGCAUGACCUAGUCAAGAAGUUUGCAGAUGAUGGGAAGCUUUAUUAAACGAGGAGCUUUGGCGCCAACGCAAUUUUUCACUCUGCAGGACACGCGUAGUAGGCCAGUGUGUUAAGAACCUUUUAAUAAUUUUACUAAACAAAAGUCGGAAGGUUUUCCUUGUGCAGUUGCAAUUAUCUAAUAUUUAAUUUUUCAAUUACGAAUACAUAGCCACAAUGCGGCGACAAUCUCUUUCCGUGUUUAGACAACUAAUUCGUCAGUGUCAACUCCUAUCCACGCCAAUCCCUGUUAGGCCAAAAAUAGGCACACCAACUCCCGGCGGCGCGCAUAUUGUAAAGGAGACCUGGGCCUUCUCGUACUGUUGUUCCUUUGCUUGCAGAAGCUACUCCAAGUUUAAUACACACCUGAGCACGGAACGGGCAAUGGAACUGCUAUGUAACCUGGAUGAGGAAGAGCGCUGUAAUCUACGCGAUGCUCUGGGAAAAAUAGAUGACGAAAAAAAGAAAAAGCUUUUUAAAAUUGAGGCUGCACCACCGCCUACCGCCGGUCAAUUGUACAGCAUAUUUUUUGUAAAUGCCGUGCCGUUUAUCGCGUUUGGAUUUUUGGAUAACUUUAUAAUGAUAAUAGCGGGCGAAUACAUUGAACUAUCUGUGGGCCAGGUUGUUACUCUUUCCACUAUGGCAACCGCUGGCCUUGGCAACACCAUUAGCGACAUUAUGGGAAUAACAUUAGCCACAUACGUUGAAAACGGAUGCCAAAUUUUAGGACUUAAACAGCCCAUGUUAACUUCUGCGCAAUUCGAGCUUAAGUCCAGCAAGCGAGCAACAAGUAUCGGCCGAAUUAUGGGUAUCACUGUUGGAUGCCUACUUGGUAUGUGCCCUUUAUGGUUUAUGAACGAGAAGGCAGAAAUACUGGAUGAUAACUAGAAAUAAUUGUUAAUUUUAUGAAAAAAUAGUCAAAUUAAGCUAAAAUAUUAAAUACGUGGUUAUUAUUUAAAUUUUAUUAUAAAAGUAGUGCUAAAACUAAUAUAAAAAAAACUGACAGUCAGAGCAUAUCCUUAAAC